CAGCAUCAGACAACUGACAAACGCGUAUUCAACGUAUAUUUACGUGAAAAGAGUUUUUGACGUUUCAAUACAAUUUCUCGGUUGAUGUCUAUUUAUCGAAUACGCGACACAUGACAUGACACAUUAUCUCACACACAUAAUUUCAAUUCAGACCUUGUAUACACAGAGAAAAAAAAGUUAAUUUUCGAAAAAGAAGGCAACUAUUCAUUGAUGAUCGUUGGACUCUCAAUGCUUUAAAUCACAAUUGCAAAGAAAACAGCAAAUCAACAUUUGUUACAAGAAUUUAAAGUGUUGUGUGAUUGAAAAAGUGUAACAGAUUUGAACGAGCAAAAAAGAGUGUGAGAGCAAGAACGAGAAAGAGAGAACUGGGUGUAGUGCCAAAUAAAUUCAUUAAAUGACUGAGUAAUUCAAUAACAGAGCAGGUGAUAAUUGGUGUCGAGUAUUGAAGUACGUGCAGUUUGCAUUUCAUUUUUUUUUUUUUGGAAAUUUUCUUCAAUAAUGAACGUACAAAUUUGGAAAUGAUAAAAAAGCAAUUGUAUUUGUAACAUAAAGUAAUAUCGAAGCGCUGCAUCAAUGAAAGUACCUUUGCAAACGACACUGUGAAAUAUGAAAUGGCAAAAGCAUUUACAGCGGCCGACAAACAGCAAACGUGGCAAACAUGUAAUUUUUGUUCAUUACAAACAUUCAAAACUUCUACCGACUUUUUAAGACAUUUACGUGAUCGCCAUUGUACACGCGAAGGUGGUUCGUACGUGUGUCGUUACGGCUAUAAAGGUGUAUGUUGCUCGUUGCCAGUGGACGGUGUCAGUGAUCGUGAUUAUGAAUCGCACGUUUUAAAAUUCCAUAUGACAGACACGAAACGAGAUGCACCGGAAGAAUGGUCCGUUUAUAUGGCCGCCCAAAAUCUUCCAGCUGUUUUAAAUGAUCCGAGUCGCGGCAAACAAUCGAACAUUUUCACCAAAAAAUGGGGCGAUAGUUUUGUAGAAAAAGUCCAAAUAAGUCCAACACAUUUAUUGCCUGAUAUAACAUACGAUCAUUUAAGCGAUUACAUCAAACAGAUUGGUAAACGUUAUCGUCGGCAUGUGCGUCUUAAUCAAAAUAUUCAAUCACAUGAAUUUGCGGCGCAAUUUUCACCAACAAAAAAUGCAUCACCGACCAAUCGAUCAAUAGAACACCAACGACCAUCCACGUCAUCGAUGAUUUCCGAUAUCAGUGAACUUAAUUGUAACAGCUUUGUUAAUGGAAACAGUAAUCAUAUCGUUUCAUCUAGUCAUGCCAGCCGUAAACUUACAUACGAAAUAAAUGAUGCCAAUUUAGAUGACAUUCCACAAAUAUUUGUUAAACCAAAUUUAGAUUUCACGAAUUUAGAGACAUUUGAUGCCGUCUUUCCGGGUAUUUGUGAUGCGGAUAAUAAAAAAUCGGGUCGUUUACUUCAGGAAAAACUCUCCCAUUACUUAGAUAUCGUUGAGGUGCUGAUUGCAAAACAGGUUUCGGAGAAAUCAUCGGCCUUUUUUCAUGCGAUGACAUCACAAGAUGCAAUCAUGGAGAAUAUGAAUGAUGCGAGCAAAAAUGUGGUAAAAAUGCGCGAAAAAAUGAAAUUGCUCGAUGAAAAAUUCGUUAAAAAUGCUGUGAAUAUUGUAACACUUGAUCGAAAACGAACACACUACGGUAUUAUUUAUGAUAAAUUAAAAUUAAUGCAAACGGUGCAUCAAACACAACCAAUGAUCCAAUUAUUAUUGGGAACACAAGAUUAUGUAGCGGCUUUAGAUUUAAUUUCAACAACACAAGAAAUUGUUGCACAAGAACUGAUUGGUAUUCAUUGUUUUAAACAUUUGCCAUCACAACUAACCGAAAUGGAACGAUUGGUAUCGAAAAUGUUGGCUACGGAAUUUGAAAAAUAUUCAACAAUGGAUCUAAGCCGACCGAUUGGUGGUCACGAUGACGACGACGACGACGAUCGUGUUUAUGAUGAAGAUAAAUUAAUUUGCAUUGUAUCAGGCCUAUUGAGACAGAAUAAUUUUUCAUUCAUCGAAACCUAUCGCGAUGAAGCGAUCGUUGCCAUUCGAGCACUAAUAAAGCAAUUGGUUAUUGAAGUGAUUUCGACGAGUGACGAUGAACGAUGUUUGACCGGAGCGGGUGAGGUGGCACAAUGUUUAACCAUUCAAGAAUGGAUUUUUUUGCUGAAGAAAGCAACGGUUCUACUACUCGGCUUAUUGAGGAGAAUCAAACGUGUUUUAGAUGUGAUGCACCAAGUAUCUGAAGCAAGUGCUGGUAAAUGUGUGAUUAACAGUGAUAUCGACGAAACAUUCGACACUGAAACAUUCUUAAGCGAAAGCGAUCACAAGAAGGUCGAAGAAAAAUUAAAAGAUAUAAUGCAUUCCAUUUGUAACUACUGUUCGGAACGGUGUGCAAACUUGAUAUCAAGCCAAAGUCUCGAAAAGCAUGUGGCAAGUGCCGAUGAAAUAAAAAAUUUAGCGGAAAUUAUUCGUGCAUUCAGCACAGGAUGCGAAGAACUUACGGGCAUUCAACGAAUACCAUUGGCGGCAGCACUUCAAGCGCAAGCCACCAAAUUCGGUAAUAAAUUUCAUACGGAGCGUAAAUCAAAAUUGUCGUUACUCUUGGACAAUGAACGAUGGAAACAAGUUGAAGUGCCUGCCGAAUAUCAGUUGAUGAUCGAUCGCAUUGCUGACGGUGACUUUUCAUGGUCCAAAAACGAAAUCAAUUCAGAACGACAAGCGAAACCAUCGACGAUGCUUUAUGUUGAUGCCGAACCAUUUAUGUUAGUCAAUUCAGCAUUGAUUUUGGUACAAAUAAUCAGCGAAUAUUGCCAAUGUGCCGCCAGUUUGCCAAUGAUUUCAACGCAAUUGUCACGUCAUCUCAUCGAUUUAUUGCGUACAUUCAAUUCAAAAUGUUGCCAAUUGGUGUUGGGUGCUGGUGCACUACGUGUGGCCGGAUUGACAACCAUUACAACGGGUAAUUUGGCUCUGGUUUCACGUUCCCUUAAGUUGGUCAUCUGGUUUAUACCACGAAUAAAAGGACACUUUCAACAGUUGGAAAUGAAAAAUGCGAACGCUGCUGCCAAUUCGAAUGAAUCUGGAGCGAUUGUAACCACAAACAAUUUCAUAAACACCGGUUUCGAUACAAUCGAAAAGGACUUUUUCUCACACAUCAAAGAAAUCGAAACGAAAGUGAUGACCAUUGUAACAACAUUGGUGCAUAAUUUGCUGAACAAUUGGACCGCAAGACCACCGGUUCCGUCGCAAUCAUUUCGCAAUAUUUCACGGCAUUUUAUUAAAUUGCAUGAGGCCCUAUCGCCCAUUUUACCUGAACAGCAAAUUCAUCAACUGUACCGUGUGGUGCAUAAGAAUUUUAAAGAUAAACUUAGAGAAUUACUUAUCAAAUAUAAUAUUGUGAAUAAUGGUGGGCCACAAUGUGGUAUGGUCACAUCAGAACUGACUUUUUACAUGGAAACACUGCGUACGUUAAAAGCAAUGCCACCCGAAGAACUAGAAGAUGAUACACUUAACGAUAUUUGGGUGUGAAUUAGUAUUGAUAGAGAAUUCGAGAAGGGAGAAAAAAAUACACUGUUAUUUCAGUUGCAAAUGAACGCUUCAUCGAUUAAAAUUGUUUUUUAUUUGUAAAA